CGCGCGCUCGCCACCGCCGCCGCCGCGCCCGCGCCCGCGCCCGCCCGCGCCCAGCAGGACCUCGUGCCAGGCAGCAGUGCGUGGGGCGCGGGCAUCCGAGCGCAUACGGUGAUGAAAUGUGCUGCGCCGCUCUCGCCCGAUGACGCUCCGCUGCGAUUAGUCGCCGCCAACACCUGUUAUAAUAUGGGCUGGAUAGAAGAAGGCAUCGAACUAGCGGAAGAGGCGCUGGCGAUAGAGGAGCGCGAGGACGGGCCCAUGCUGCCGCGUUGCUGCCUCUACGCCGGCAUCGGGCAUCAAAUGAGGGCACAGAAGACAAAUUCUCGUAUCGACAAGGAGUCGGCCAACGAGACGAGCCUGCGGCUGCUGCUGCGUUCAGUGUCGCUGGACGACAACGACCACCUCGCCUUCUACUACCUCGCGCUGCAGUACAUGUACCUCGGCCUGCUUAACGAGGCCAUGGACGCGACGCGUUCGUGUCUAGCGGCGCGAGCCGAGUGCGGUGGCGGCCUGCGCCUCGCCACAGCGCUGUGGUCGUGCGCCUGCGCCGGUCCCCGCGCCCCCCGCGCGCUCGCCGCCGCCCGCCUCGCGCGCCACCACUACCCCGCCGCCGACUGGCCGCUGUGGGCGCUGGCGGCGCUGCAGCUCACGUGGGAGAGUGGCGAGGCGGCGCUGGCAACGGGAAAGGAGCUUCUGUCGCUGCUGAACAGCGCCGAGGCCGAGGCCGAGCUCGACGCCGACCACAACGGCUACACGGAACUGGAUGCACUGUCGGAUUCGCAACACGCGGAUACACAUAGCAAUAGGGACGCAGCGAGCAUUCGCGCGGAGAGCGCGGGCGUGUACCGCGUGGAGCGCGCGCUGUCGGACGCGGCGUCGUCGGCGCAGCGGCCUCGUGCGCACCACGCGCCGCGCGCCCGGGCCUGGCUGCUGCUCGCCGACCUCUGCCUCAGGUUAGGUCGAGUGAGCGCGGCGGCGGGCUGCGUCAGCGAAGCGGCGGCGCUCACACCCUUUAGUCAUUUAGUUUUAUACACCCGCGGGCGAGUGCACGCGGCGAGCGGCGAGUGGCAGGAGGCGCGGCAGUGCUUCCAGAACGCGCUCGCCAUACACCCCACGCACCUCGACAGCAUCGUCGAGCUAGGUGCGGCAUACUACAACCUGGGCUGGCUGCGACUAGCAGAGAAAUCGUUACGCGAAGCGGCGGCACUAGAGCCCGGACGUGCCGACACAUGGAGGCGGCUGGCGCUGGUGCUGGCGGCGCUGGGCGAGGCGGGCGCGGCCGCCGACGCCGCCGCCGCCGCGCUCCAGCUGCAUCCACACGCGCCCGCCGUGCCACACACGCACCUGCCCCUGUGA